AUGAAAUUUAUAGUGCUAAUUUUGCUUUUGCUUUUCGUUUUUAAUUAAGCUCAGGUAUAAAUAACACCUAGAAUUUAAUGUAAAACAAAAAAAUGUGAAGGUGAUAAUUUCUGUUUUUAAGGUUACUGUACAUCUUGUGAAGGUCCUAGAAGUUUAUGUAUUUAAUAUUAUUGAUUAUUUAAAAGGGAACAAAAGAAAGCCUUUAUGGGGAACUAAAGUUGGUGAAGCUUUAUAAGUACCUGCAUUUUCUAAUUUUGGAGAUCUUGAUGUGUUAGACAGUAGCAAAGAUGAAUUUCUAGAAGAUUCAAUCAAUAAUUUUGGAGAGGAAAUAUAUAUUGGAUAAAAGUAAUUAUUUAUUUAUAUUAAAAGAUAUCAAUGUGUUCAUUAUGCAAGAAAAUUCUGGAUUCAAAAUUUUAAUGUAACUUUUGGAUCUGUUGAUAAUGCUGAAUAAAUAUUUGAUCUUUAAGAAGCUUAUAAUAUAAAUUCAAAACAAAAUAUUAAUUUAUAGAAAUUUUAAAAUGGAGGUAUAGAAACUCCAAUUUUGGGGGAUUUAUUGAUUUGGUAAAAAGAUGAUGGCGAAUUUCCUUAUGGACAUGUUGCUGUUGUUUUAAAUGUAGAUUUAGAAUCUGAUUAUCCUCAUGUUUUAAUAGCAGAAUAAAAUUAUGAUUAAAUAUGGGAUACAAGAAACUUUUCUAGAGCAUUAAAAAUAACUUUAGGAGAGAAAAAAGAAAUAAAUAUUUCUAAUAAUAGAUAAACAUUUCCAACUAAAGAUGAUUUAAAAUGUAGAGAUGAUCUAUAUACAUCUUAAGGUGUCAUUCUAGGUUGGAUUCGUUUGAAAAUUUAAUGAUGAAAAUUUAUAAAUAAUGC